CCCUCUAUAAAAACUACAUUUCCCAGAAGCACCCCAGAUCCGUUUCCGUUAUUCUCCAGGAUUCUCCAGCAUUUCUAUCCUUAUCCAUAGCAAAGUUAGUAUUCCCACAGAAACCUGAAAAUGACAGAGCGAGUCAACAACUUCCCCCCUCUGCCCAAGUUCAUGCGCAUCAAGCCGUGUUUCUACCACAAUGUUGACGAGGAAAUUCCUCUCCCUCACCGCCAGAUUGUUCACAGAGUUUACAAGCUUUGGAUCUUGUACUCGAUCGCGCUCUGCGUCAACCUGGUGGCUUGUAUAGCUUGGGUGGCGGGUGGAGGCAGCUCGGUCAACCUGGGGCUCGGGCUCCUGUGGCUCGUGCUGUUCAGUCCCUGCGGAUACACCUGCUGGUUCAGGCCUCUUUACAAAGCGUUUAGGGCUGACAGUUCCUUUAACUUCAUGACGUUCUUCUUCAUUUUCUUCCUUCAGUGUGUCCUCGCUUUCAUUCAGACCCUGGGAAUAAACAACUGGGGUGCAUGUGGCUGGAUCGCUACAGUGAUUUUUUUCGGCACUAACGUGGUCUCUGCUGUGUUUAUGCUCAUCGCCACUCUGCUCUUCACUCUAGUCACUGUGCUUAUGGGCCUGGUUUUGAUCAGGGUUCACAGGUUAUACCGUGGUGGUGGAGGCAGCAUGCAACGUGCCCAGGAAGAAUGGAGCACCGGCGCGUGGAAGAGUGCCCCUGUGAGAGAUGCCAGCUUCCACACUAUUACCGAGACCGGCCCCAGUCUGCCCCAGUACCCCGCUUCUGUACCCAGCUACCCAGAAAACAGGCCGUGGUGAUAAACCACUCAGGACUCAGCAUGACUGUGAAACACUGAAGACAGAAACAGGAUUUAAUAAACUCCGCUGUACAUUUGUUUACAAACUUCAUCACAAAAAUUGCCAAAUAAGACACGCUGUUUGGCCAUAAGUUUGUGGACACCCGAACGUAAGAUUGGUAUCUGCUUUCUGAACAUUCCGUUUCACAUUUAGGUCCUUAUUUGCUCUUAUAAUAACCUCCUCUGAGAAGAUAGAUCAGUCAAGAUGUUGCUCUGAGAUUUUUAAAGCUACAAGAGUGUAAGUAAAGUCAGGUACUAAUGUAGGUGAGGUGAGGAGGCCUGGGGGUGCACUCAGCAUUCCAGUUAAUCAGUUUGAAUAGGGGUGAGGUCAGAGCUCAAUAGCAGGCAACUCAAUAUCUUUCACUUCUAUUUUCAUUUAUGGGGUUUGGCGGACGUAAUUAUCCAGAGCGACUUACAACUAAAGCAAGGGGCCUAAACUAAGCUCAAGGGCCCAGCAGUGGCAGCGUGGUCAUGCUUGGAGUUACACUCACGAUCAGAAGUCCCGCAUAUUAACCACUGAGCUUCCACUGACCAUGCUGGAACAGGUUUGGGUCUCCAAGCUCAAGUAAAGGGAAAAUGUACUACUUUAUACCAGCAUCCAAAGGCAUCCUAUACAAUCAUGUGCCUCCGACUCGGUUUAAAAUAUAACUUUGCAUAUAACUGGAACAUUCGGGUGUCCCAAUACUUUUGGUCAUACUGCUUACAUCUUAAUGACGUUCUGAACAAUGCGAUGACAUUACAGUAUAAAAUAUUCGAUCGGAUCGAUGUUUGUUUUUCCAGAUCCUUUCAGUCUAAAUGUGAAAUGUUACACUAAAAAUCGCAAAAAAAAAAAGAUGUUUAUUUUGCCAAAUGAUGCCUUACAUAACAAAAACUGCACAUCUUAAACCAGAAUAUUCUUUAAUUGUCAAAAAUUGACGUGUCAUAUUCCAUCUGCCUUUUUGAUUCACUGACCAUGUGCACAGGAGUUGCACGCUUCUCAGCUAGCCAAGAACAUUCCUUUUUUUUUCCCCUUAUUUUUCUUGUCUGAGAUCCUGAAUUUCUCUUCUAUUAUAUCUAGCAUGCGCUUUAUUAUAUUUAGCAUGGUCAAAAUAUAUAUCUCUAUUUUUCUAUUUUAUUUAGAUCGCCAAAUUAUUCCGAAUGGAAAACCGUUCCGCCAGGAUUCGUAUUAGAUCGCUCCUGUUUCUAUCAUCUGCUUCCUGAUCUCACUGCUUCUGAUUUCAGUGCCAUGAUGAUCAGAGAUCCAUUCCCAGCUGUAUAUAAACUUUCCUUUGUGUAAUGUUCCGAUUAGGACCAUUGUGUUUACAAACGGCUGAACCGUGUGAAGUGUGAAUGACUGAAUGGAUCAACUUUACUUGAUUAACACAAGUAAUAACAUUUAUGUUUAAUAAGAUUGUACAACUCUAAAAAAAAAAUGUCUUAAGCUAGAUCACUAAUAAAAACAUUUCUUUUUUGAA